AUGGCACGGCCUCCCGGGCUCUGCCUGCUGGCCCUGCUGGGGCUGGGGCUGGGGGCGGGGGGCUCGUCCCCCUGCUGGGACCCUCGGGGACAGCCCCGCCGCUGCAUGCCCGUCUUCGAGAACGCCGCCUUCGGCCGGGCCGUCCAGGCCACCAACACGUGCGGGUCACCCCCGGAGGACUAUUGCCUGCACAUGGGCACCCAGCACGCCAGCGCCCUGUGCCACCGCUGCGACGCCAGCGACCCCCGGCGCCACCACAACGCCUCCUUCCUCACCGACUUCCACAGCCAGGAGGAGAGCACCUGGUGGCAGAGCCAGUCCAUGGCCUUUGGCAUCCAGUACCCCAACUCCGUCAACAUCACCCUGCGCCUGGGCAAAGCCUACGAGAUCACCUACGUGCGGCUGAAGUUCCACACCAGCCGCCCCGAGAGCUUCGCCAUCUACAAGCGCAGCCGUGCCGGGGGGCCCUGGGUGCCCUUCCAGUUCUACAGCGCGUCCUGCCAGAAGACCUACGGGAAGCAGCCACGGCAGUACCAGCGGCCGGGCGAGGACGAGCAGGUGGCCUUCUGCAGCGACGAGUUCAGCGACAUCUCCCCCCUCAGCGGGGGCAACGUGGCCUUCUCCACCCUGGAGGGACGGCCCAGCGCCUACAAUUUUGAUGGAAGUCCCGCGCUGCAGGAGUGGGUGACAGUCACUGACCUGCUCAUCUCCUUGAACCGGCUCAACACAUUUGGGGACGACAUCUUCAAGGACCCCAAGGUGUUGCAGUCGUACUACUAUGCCAUAUCUGACUUCUCCGUUGGUGGCAGGUGCAAAUGCCAUGGCCACGCCAGUGAGUGCGCGCCGGACGAGGCCGGGCAGCUGGUCUGUGUGUGCCAGCACCACACGGCUGGCACCGACUGCGAGCGCUGCCAGCCCUUCUACCAGGACCGGCCCUGGGCACGCGGCACGGCCGAGGCUGCCAACGAGUGCCUCCCUUGCAACUGCAGCGGCCGCUCGGAGGAGUGUUUCUACGACCGGGAGCUGUUCCGGCGCAGCGGGCACGGGGGACACUGCCGCAACUGCCGCGACAACACGGCCGGACCCCACUGCGAGAGCUGCAGGCAGAACUAUUACCGCUGGGAGCCGCAGGGAGCCUGCCAGCCCUGCCACUGCCACCCCGCAGGUUCCCUGCAGCCCCAGUGCGACAACUCGGGGACCUGCGUCUGCAAAGCCAACGUGACGGGCUGGAAGUGUGAGCGCUGCAAGGACGGCUACCACAGCCUCAGCGAAGGUGGCUGCAGACCCUGCACCUGUGACCCCGCGGGCAGCGUGGGCACCUGCGACCCCAACACGGGGCACUGCACCUGCAAGGAGAGGGUGGAGGGGCAUUUGUGCAACAGGUGCCAGCCUGGCUGGUUUAACCUGCAGCCCCACAACCCCAUCGGCUGCACCAGCUGCUUUUGUUACGGCCACUCCAGCGCCUGCAGGGCAGCAGAUGGCUACGAGGAGACCCACAUCCGCUCCGACUUCAGCCAAGGGCUGGAGGGCUGGGCUGCCACAGCUCCAGGCAUCACAGACCUGCCUCUGCACUGGGUUGGCCGGGACAUCAUCACUGAGUGGGACGGAGAGGAGCCAGUGGAUUUUCUUGCACCAGAGAAGUUUCUGCAGAACCAGCGCCUCAGUUACGGGCAGCUCCUGUCCCUGCUGCUGGGAGUGGAGAACAGGACAAGAACAGAACCCGGGGUGCCCCUGCUCCAGGUCCAGCUGCUGCUGGAGGGCGAGGGGAUGAAGAUCACCAUGUCCAGCAGCAAGAGCCAGCUCCAGCAUGGAAAGCGGGCUGUCACCUUCAGGCUGCACGAGGCAGAGGAGGGUGCGGAGCCUUUGCUGUCGGCCUUCAGCUUCCAGCGCCUGCUCUCCAACCUGACCUCCCUCCGCCUCCGCGUGAGCCGCGGCCCCGUGAGAGGCAGGUUGUCCCUGAGCGAGGUCCAGCUCACAUCUGCUCGCCCCGGGCCAGGCACUCGGGCGGGCUGGGUGGAGGAGUGCACGUGUCCCAUGGGAUACACCGGGCAGUUCUGCCAGUCCUGCGCACCUGGAUUCAAGAGGGAGAUCCCAUUUGGCGGCCCCUUCGUCAGCUGCGUGCCCUGCACCUGCAACCAGCACGGGGACUGCCACCCCCUCACAGGGCAGUGCCAGUGCUUGCACAACACAGAGGGUCCCUCCUGCGAGCGCUGCAGCCCCGGCUUUUACGGCAACCCCUUCCUAGGGCGCUCUGAUGACUGCAAGCCCUGCCCCUGCCCCGGCCGCUCGCCCUGCACCGAGGUGCCCAGCAGUGGGGAGGUGGUUUGCACCCACUGCCCCCCGGGGCAGAGAGGAAAACGCUGUGAGCUCUGUGAUGACGGGUUUUUCGGGGACCCCCUGGGUCAGAGAGGUGCCGUGCAUCCCUGUGAGCCCUGCCAGUGCCACGGGAACGUGGAUCCCAACGCCGUGGGGAACUGUGACCCCGUGUCCGGCCGAUGCCUGCGCUGCCUCUACAACACAAUGGGUGACCACUGCGAGAGCUGUCAGCCGGGCUUCUACGGGGAUGCGCUGGCUCCCAGCCCUGCUGGGAAGUGUGCUCCUUGUGAUUGCAACCCCAGUGGCUCAGACCCGAGGCUGGAGGGCUGUGAUCCUGGCACGGGCCAGUGCCACUGCCUCCCACACGUGACAGGCAGAGCCUGUGGGCAGUGCCAGCCCGGCUACUACGGCCUGGAGCCCACCGUGGGGUGCAAGAGCUGUGAGUGCCACCCAACAGGGUCACGGGAGAGCGGGUGCCACAUGCUGACAGGACAGUGCUCCUGCCAACCAGGUGUCACAGGGAAGAAAUGUGAUCGAUGCCAGCACGGCUUCUUCGGCUUCUCUGCCAGGGGCUGCCGAGCCUGCAACUGCUCCCUGCUGGGCUCCAUCACCCCGCAGUGCCACGAGAACAGCACCUGCCUCUGCCACCCUGGCUUCGUGGGCUACAAGUGUGACCGCUGCCAGGCCAACUUCUUCCUUGAGCCACUGAGCUCCCGCUGCCAGCAGUGUCCUGCCUGCUACGGGCUGGUGAAGGAUGAGGCUGAGCGCCUGAAGGCCAGGCUGCAGGAGAUGGAGGAAUGGCUGCAGAAGCCAGGCUGUGAUGCCCAUCCGGGCCAGACUGCCAUGCUGAGAGAUGCACCCCGUGGAGAUGGGCUGCCCAGCUCACACCUCCUGAGAGGUGCCUGGGCCACCCUCUUGGUACAGGUGGCUCAGCUGGCAGGGGCACUGAACACUGCACAAGGCCGUCUCACCAACGCCAGCCGAGCCACCAGAUGCUCUGAGCAUGGACCCCCCAAGACCUGCACCUUGCUCUCGGAGAUUGGGGGCGUGCUGCAGUCGGCUCAGCAGGAGAUCCUGCAUGCUGCAGACACCCUGGCUACCACGGAAAUUCCUCAGGAAAUCCCACAGCAGCCCACAAACUGGAGCCACUGGGCACUGGAGGCUCAGGCUCUGUCCAAGAGCCACAAGGACUCCAUGGCACAGGUGGAGGCCGUGGUCAGGAGAGCACUGCGUGCCUCCAACGCCAGCUCUGAGCUCCUGCAGAAGCUGCUGGAGAGGAACACCACACAGGACAUGCAGAAUGAGCUGGAGGCCGGGUAUGAGGAAAUCCAGCGGGCACGGGAGGAGCUGGGUGCUGGCAUGGCAAAGGUGGCAGUGGAGGCCAGGAGAGCUUUGACAGCCGUGGGACAGGCACAUGCUGACCUGGCUGAGAGACUUUUGCAGGUGGCUGCUCUGGGGCAGCAGGUGCUGCCAAGGCAGGUUGGAGACCUGGCACGGGAGCUGGCAGAACUGGAGCAGGCAGCAGCCGCCCAGGAGCCAUUGGCUCAGCAGGCUGUGGAGGCAUCCCGCACACUGGCAGCUGGAUUGCACCUGGAGCUGCAAAGGACUCGUGCCUUCAAGCAGCUGCAGGACCAGGCUGGCUCUGCCCGUGACAUGGCCACCAUGGCUGUCUCCCGAGGAAAAGCUGUGCUCUCCGAGGCUGAGUCCCUCCUGGCCAGUUUGGAAGGCAUGAAGAAGGUGCUGGGGCAUCGGAAGAGUCAGGCUGCCCUGAGGAGGAGGAUGGCCACUGUUCGGGACAGAGUGAUGGUGGAUGCUCAGAGGAAGAUUAAACAGGCAGAGAAGACACUGGGAAACUCCCUGUCCAUCUCCACCACAGCCCAGAGGACAGCAGGGGAGGCUGAGCAAGUCUCUAAGGAGAGUGCCAAGAGGGCACGGGCUGUGCUGCAGGAGAGCAAACAGGCCCUCAAACACGCCAGCCAGCUUGCCACGCGUGCCAAUGAGACCCAGUGGGAGCUCUCCCGGCAGGAGCACAUGGCAGAGAAGCUCAGGGGAGACCUGGAGGAAGCACAGCAGGUGGGGUCAGAGGUGAGUGAGAUGGCAAAAAGUCUCCAGGAAGCCCGGGGCUCACUCAUGUCGGACAUUGAGAUCCUGAACAACCUGCUGAACAGCCUAGGUAACCUGGAGCAGGACAAGGAGGUGGACGCAGUGCUGAGCGCGGGGAGGCUGCAGCUGGAGCAGCUGUGGCUGCGCCUGGCCUCGCCGGGUCCCCUGGCCAGCCAGCUCAGCCAGCUGCAGCAGGAGGCAGCACGGCAGCAGGAGAAGAUCCAAGCAUUUGAGAACGACUUGGCUGAGAUCCGGGCUGACAAGCAGAACUUGGAGGACAUUUUGCGGAACCUCCCUGAGAGCUGCGCAAAGUGACAGGCUGCUGCCACAUGUCCUCUGUGCCCACCCUACACAGGGACUGGCAGAGGGAAGGACA